AUGGAUAAUGAUAAUUUUAAUAUAGUAAAUAGUUUAUCAAAAGAUGGAUUUGAUAGAAAUAAUAAUGAUAUAAUAAAUAUGGAGUCAGUUACUUUUUGUGGAUAUUGUAAUGGCGAGCAAUGUAAAGGAGAAAUCAAUUGCCAACAAUAUCUUUUAGAUCAAUGUAUUCCUAUUUACGAUCAAUGUUCCGGAGAUGUUUUAUUCAGUGGUGUCGUUCAAUUUACAGACUCUGACCUUCAGGUCUAUGAUUAUGACUCUGACACCGAGUGUUUAUCACAAAACUAUUCGGUUUCUACAAUGGAGUGUAACAGUUGUAUCACUUCGAUUAAUGGUUACUUUGAAUGUCCAACACCAUCAGAUGAUUCCAGUUCAGGUGACGACAGCAGUGACAGUGAUAAUAACAGUAAUAGUAACAGUAACAAUGAUAGCAAUAGCACAUCAUCAACAACUACAUCAAUUUUAACAAUUUCAACAACUUCUUCAUCCACUUCUCCAGCUAUGAUUUCAACCAUUUCAUCAUCAUCAUCGUCUUCUUCUUCUUCAACAGCAACAAUAACAACUGGUAGUAUUAGUGAUAAUAGUAAUAGUAAUAGUAAUAAUUGUUCAAUUGGGUCAGAAGACAAUAUAAUUUUUCUUUCACUUUUAAUAAUAUCACCUUUCAUUUGUAUUGUAUCCUUGAUUAUACAUGUAGUAUUGGUUUGCUAUAAAAGGAAUAGAGAAUAUCGAUAUCUAGUAAUAAAAGAUGAUUUCAAUAGCUCCAUCAACAGGAGAACAACGAGUGUAUCAUCUGAUUUAUCAUUUUCAUCGACAACCUCCUCAUCAUCACCAAUAACAACACCAAUUACAACACCAUUAAUAACAGCAUCAUCGACAUCAACAUCAUCAUCAUCAACAUCGUCUUCCAAUUGUUCAACAUCAUCUGAAUUACCUUAUUCUUUUAUUCCAAACUAA